AUGGGUGACGAACAAUCACAACGUACAAAUGCUUCGAAUCUAGAGUCGCACCACCCGUCACAAUCAGCCUCCACCGCCUCCUUUCGCAAAACCGCCCGUCUGAUAUGCCUGGAAGAACACGCCGUCUCGCCGUUCCCCGUACCGAGUACAUCGUCCACAUUCAACAUCUUCAAACCCACGUACAUAUCGGGGGUUAAGGAUCGUCUGUCUAACAUCACCCACCGCAUCGCCGUAAUGGACGCACAUAACAUCGGCGCGCAGAUAAUCUCCAUGAAUCAGCCCACCGCGCAAGCGUUCACUGAUCUGCAACAGCAGGUGGAAUGGUGCAGGAGGUCCAACAACUUUGUGGUUGAGAACUAUUGCCGCGCUUAUCCAAACAGGUUCUUUGCCUUCGCGACCUUGCCCACGCAGAGUGGACGAGCUGCCGCAGAGGAACUCGAGCGGUGCGUGAUGGAGUACGGCUUUGUAGGCGCGAUGAUCAACGGCUUCACCAACACGACAGAUCCGACUCGCGGGCUGUAUCUGGACGACCCGCAGUUUGAUGUCCUCUGGGAGACAGCGGAGCGGUUGCAGAAGCCCAUCUUUAUUCAUCCCAGGGUACCGCUGGUGAGUAAUAUGAAAGUGCUGGAAGAUAUGCCAGUUUUCCAUGGCGCGCCGUACGGGUUUGGACGGGAGACUUGCGAACACAUCCUGCGGAUAAUGUAUGCCGGCGUCUUUGAUCGGUUUCCCAAGUUGAAGGUCUGUUUGGGGCAUAUGGGAGAGGGGUUGAGCUGGAUCUUGCCGCGGACGGACAAGGCGCAAGGACCAAAGAAAAAGCGAUUUCAGGACUAUUUCCAACAAAAUAUCCUCCCCAAUACCAGCGGCAUGCCCAGAACUUCUGCACUCAUGCAAUUGAUGGCUGAAUCGAAGGCGGAGAACAUUAUGUUUGCAGUGGAUUACCCGUAUGAGUCUGUGGCGGAGAUGAGGGCAUGGUUCGAGACAGUACCGGUGUCAGAUGAGACAUGGAGGGAUAUUGGGUACCGCAACGCUAUUAGAUGGUUCGGCCUGCCGCUGGACUAUGAUGAGUGA